UUACAGAGCCCAUUAGCAUAUUAUUCGCGUUUCCAGUAUUAUCUCAGACUGCUGACACAAUGGCGCAUGAUGCUGCUAAACCGAGUCCGCGCUUCGCAUUUCAGAUUGUAGAAUUAAUAGAUUUCUCAGGAACGCAAAGCCGAACCUACUUGGCUCACCGUACCAAUGGCGUUCAUCCUGUGGAGAUCGUGGCGAAGAAGGUUCAUUUGGAUCUCUACAAGGACAUAGCCCAAGCGCAGGCCGAAGCGUUGGAUGUCCGCCUACGAAAAAUUCUUACUUUAGAGCAUCCGAAUCUGGUGCGUCAUCUGGCGUAUUACGGUCCUCGGAAGAUCAACCAUGUGGACGUACCGCAUUACAUGAUCCUUAUGGAAUAUUGUACCGGCGGCAAUCUGCACGCGGCGGCUGCGUUCCACAUUGCCGCGUCACUCAUCCAGACAUGGACACGACAGAUUGUCGACGGCUUACUUUAUCUACACGCUCAAAACAUCGUGCACGGCGAGAUAUCAAGCAGCCAUAUUCUGCUAAGCAGUCCGGACUGGAAUAACUGCCGAAUGAAGAUUGCCCACCUGGACACCACAGAACGUCCCCAAAGGGACUGGUCUGCACCGAAAGACACGGACGAAUGCCGUUAUGCCUUCAGGUCGCCGGAGAAGAUCCAGGGAGGGGAUACCGGUCGCAAGAGCGACAUUUGGAGUUUCGGCUGCGUGGUGCUGGAGAUGGCCAGCGGAUCCCUGCGCUUCGUCAAAGAAGUAAAGGGACACCAGCACUACUUGAAGAGCGAUUUAGAAGUCAUGUAUUACAUCGGCAGUGGUGGAUCGCCAGAAAUACCACAGGAACUGCCGGAUGAAUUGCGGGCGUUUGUCGCUUAUUGUCAAAAACGUGAUCCUGUGUUACGGCCGCUGGCGGCCGAACUCUUAUACACAGACUUCCUAACGCUGGCUAAUAUAUCGCAAUGGUCUGACCCGCGCCCGCAGCGGAGCUGAUGCGUGUAGCGGCCACUCCGCUUUAUUUUCUACUACUCGUAUAAUUAAUGUUACAUGCAGUAAUAAAAACCGC